AUGGACGAGGAGAUUGAGCUCGUCCGGCUCAUCGAUUCAUGCAAGUCACUCUCCACGGCCCAAUCCCUCCACUCGCGGAUCAAACACACCAAAAACACGUUUCUUCUCAACAAGAUCAUCCAAAUGUACGCAAAGUGUGGGAGUGUCACUCAUGCUCGCAGGGUUUUCGAAAGCAUCGCCACCAAAAACACUAUGUCAUGGGAUUUCAUGCUUGCGGCCUACGCUGGGAAUGCCCAGAUCGAGGAUGCAGCAGACUUCUUCUCCAAGAUGCCCAGGAAAAGCGUCGUUUCGUGCACAGCAAUGAUCGUUGCGUUCUCCCAGAGUGGCCACCUUCGUGACGCAAAGAACACAUUCGAUGAGAUGCCCGAGAGAGAUGCUAUUUGCUGGAAUGCGAUGCUCUCUGCAUAUGCCCGAAGUGGGCAUCUGCAACGAACACAGGCUCUGUUUGAAAAGAUGCCUGAGAGGAAUGUUGCGGCUUGGAACGUUCUUCUUUCGGCUUAUGGCCAAAACUCGAGCACUGAGAUCGCGAAAAGGGUGUUUUAUGAUAUGCCACAACUGAAUGUCUCGUCUUGGAACACACUGCUUUGCACAUAUGCCCACAAAGGGCAUAUCGUCGAGGCGAAAGACAUAUUUGAUUCAAUGCCGGAGAGGGAUCUCAUCUCUUGGAAGGCUCUUUUAUCCGGAUAUUCGCAAAACGGGCUCGUGGAAGAAGCAAAGAAAACUUUAGAGAAAAUGCCAGUGAAAGAUAUCGUGGCAUCAAAUGCAAUGCUCUCGGCGUAUACCCAAGGAGGGCACCUGGAACAAGCGAAAGAAAUGUUCGACCAAAUGGACGAACAAAACAUUGUGUCGUGGACGACAAUUGUAACUGCUUACGCACAGAGUGGGAAUCUCCGGGAUGCCAAGCACAUUUUUGACAAAAUGCCGCAGCGGGACAUCGUAUCCUGGAACUCUAUGAUAGCGGCUUAUGCCCAAAACGGGCAUCUUCACGAAGCUUUGGAGCUUUUUGACGAGAUGCCGCAGGCAAACUUAACGUCCUGGAACACAAUACUUUCGGUCUUAUCUUUGCAGGAGAAAAUAUUCCGCGUUAAAGAAGUUUUCGAUUCGAUGCCAAAGCACGACGUUGUCUCCUGGAACACACUUUUAACAGCGUAUGCCCACAAUGGGCAGCUUGAAAAAGCGAAGGAGACCUUCGAUUUAAUCCCCCACAAGAACCUUGUGUCUUGGAAAGCCAUGCUUUCGGCUUUCUACCAGCACAAGAAUUUGGAUCAAGCAAAAGCGCUGUUUGAUCUCAUGCCAGACCGUGAUCUAGUGUCUUACAAUGCGAUGCUUGCUGCUUAUGCCCAGAGCGGGCAUAUUCACGAAGCAAAGCAAGUUUUCGACGCAAUGUCGCAGAGGAAUCUCAUCUCCUGGACUGCCAUGCUUGCUGCAUACUCUCAAAACAAUCUCCUCGACAAGGCAAAGCUCAUCUUUGACGAGAUGCCGGAUCGGAAUCUCGUCUCUUGGACGGUGAUGCUCUCGGCAUAUGCUCAAAACGGCAAGCUCGAGGAAGCAAAGCUCAUUUUUGACCAGAUUCCACGUCAAGAUUCCGUCUCACGCACCGCCAUGAUUGCGGCCUAUGCCCAAAACGGGCAUUGGGACGAGGCCAAGGCUAUGUUCUUGAGCAGCAAAGAAGAUGGUCGCGAAGAACACGAUGUGAACGAAAUCUCUUGCUCGGCAUUGCUCGCUGCUUACACGAGACACGGCUGCCCGGAUCGAGCAAUAGAUAUCGAUCCAACUCCAAGUGAUCCAAUCUCUCAAACAGCGAUCCUCUCGGCCUACGCGAGAACCGGCUUGAUCGACAAGGCUCGAGAGAUCUUCCUCGAAGCGCCCAAAGAGAACCUCAUCGUCUGGAACGCGAUGCUCUCGGCCUAUGCCCAGAGUGGAUCCCUGGACGAAGCCCAGCACCUCUUCCACCAAAUGCCGCAGAGAAAUCUCAUCUCCUGGACGACGAUGCUGGUGGGCUUCGCCCAGAUCGGCCAUCGGAUGGAUCGAGUGAGGCGAUUCUUCGAUUCCAUGCCCGAGAAGGACUCCAUCGCGUGGAGCGCGACGCUCGCGGCCUAUGCCCACAAGGGACAUCCCAUCCACGCCGCGAACCUCUUCGCGGAGAUCAAAGUCAUGGAUUCCACCGAGCAGAGCUGCUUCGCGUCGGCGAUCCACGCUUGCGGCCACGAGGGCGACGUGAAUCGCGGCAGGCAAUGCUUCGUGUCCAUGGCCAUGGAUUUUGGAAUCGAGGCGAGGAAGCAGCACUACACCUGCCUGAUCGAUCUCCUGGGGCGAGCUGGGUACCUGAUCGCGGCGGCGGAGCUCAUCGAUAGCAUGCCAUUCGUGCCGGAUUCGCUCGAGUGGACGUCGCUGCUGGGAUCCGCAGCGAGCUAUCGCAGCGCCCAGCACGGGAUCAAGGCUGCCAAGCACAUCCUCCGCUCGGAUCCCAAGAACACCGCCGCGUACGUGUUGCUGGGGAACCUCUCCGCGAGGCAGCGAUUGGAAUCAAUCGCGCGGAUCGACCAGGAACGUCACCUGGAAGAGAGAUACUCGAAACAUUCCAGACUCGCCAAUAGGAGUUUGCCACGUUGA